GCGACGAGCAGCGGCCCCGGCCCGGCCCCGGUGGGGUCCCCCCAGGGCCGAGCCGUGGGGUCGUGGGUGCGGGCGCUGCUGGGCCGCGCCGGGUCGGUACCGGUACCGGGGUCGGGGCUCGCCCUGGCCCCGCGGGGCCCCGCCGAGGAGCCACCGGUUCCCGGGUGGCCGCUGCCGCAGCUCGUCUCGCUUUUCCUGCCGGAGUUCCCCGUCCGCCCCUCCGCCCGCCAGCAGCAGCUUAAGAUCCUGGGCUUCGUGGCCAAAGGCUCCUUCGGGACCAUCCUCAAAGUGCUGGACUGCGGACGGGAGAAGAUCUGCGCCGUGAAGGUCGUGCCCAAAGUGGAGGUGCUGCGCCGUGACACCCUCAAGCACCACGGUACUUGCAUGUUCCCGUACCACCUUAGUCAUGCCAAUGUCACCUUAGUACACGAUUCUGGUGCCCACGAGUCUUGUGCCACCUUGGUGCGAGUGUGGUCCUGGUGCUUGUGCCACCUCGCUGUCCUUACGGGCCCCAGUGCUUGCACCACCCUGGUGCACGGCCCUGUGUGCACCUACUGCAGCACCGGAGACCUGCACGCCCUGUGGCGCGCCGCCGGGCGCUUCGCCGAGGCCACCGUCCGCCUGUUUGCCGCCGAGCUGGUGCUGGUGCUGGUGUAUCUCCACGACCUGGGCAUCGUGCACAGAGACGUGAAGAUGGAGAACAUCCUCCUGGAUGAGAGAGGACACCUCAAACUCACCGAUUUUGGCCUCUCCCGGCACCUGCGGUGGGGCGAGAGAGCCCACACCAUCUGUGGCACCCUGCAGUACAUGGCCCCAGAGGUCCUGAGUGGGGGGCCCUACAGCCACGCAGCCGACUGGUGGUCCCUUGGAGUCCUGCUCUUCGCCCUGGCUAGUGGGGAGUUCCCCGUGGCGCCGGCGGGGGACCAUGUGGCCAUGCUGGAACGGGUCAAGCAGAGCAGCUACCAGAGCCCACCCACGGUCAGCCCCGCGCUGGCCCGGCUCCUCGCCGAGCUGUUGUGCCACAACCCCCUGUACCGCCUGCGCUACCUCCACCACUUCCAGGGCCACCCCUUCUUCCGUGGGGUGGCCUUCGACGCCGACCUGCUGCAGAAGGACCCGGUGGCGGUGGCAGUGUCCCCCCGGCCCCCCGAGCAGUCCUCCCCGCCCGACCCCGCCACCUUCGCCGACUUCGACUGCGACCUCACCCCCCCCACCCCGGGCCGGCCCUGGCCUGGCUGA